CUUUUUUUCAUUUUCCCUCCCAUAGUUUGAAUUCUCAACCAAUGUGAGAUAAAACCAAAAGUUAAACUAAUAGGUAAUAAUAAUAUUAUUAACAAAGCGUAAUUGAGUUCUAAUAAUAGCUUUUAUUGAACACACACCUGUGGAUUAACGGAUCAGUAAUGUAAACAGUGAAACCACCAACAAUAAUGUUUCCUUUAGACCACCAAGUAGUUUAACUUAUUGAUUGAUCCCUAUUUGUCCCUAUCACUUACUCUUCCAAGUAUAUUCCUAUUAAAUGUAGUUUUAUAUCGUUUCUGUUUCCAGUGAAAGUCUUAUCGUUAUUCACUCUUCAUCCUAUUCAUCCUACUCAUCAUACUCAUCAUCACACCAUCAAAUCAUCAUUACAAUCAUAAGUUUUCUAGUCGCUUUUGUUGCCCUUACCAAAGUUUAUUUUCAAUCCUUUUACCUAAACAGUUAACCAAUCAACUGGACAGUUUAUUAAUGACACCGGACGGUCCUGUGACCGUUCCAAGCAUUCAUUACCUACCAAAUUCAUCUUCACCAGUCUCAUCAUUAACAGAUAUACAAUGUUUGGAAUAUCUUUCCUUCGGUUCUCCAGAAGACUGGAUCGACAAUACAGCAAUAAUCUCUUACCGAAGUCAAACCCUGAUUUGGGUUCACAAGUCAUACUUAGAGAUGAGUCUAAAGAUAUUAAUUUUUCUCAUCAUCAUUGCCAUCUCAUUCAUAGGAAACUAUCUCAUUCUCAUAGUUAUGAUUAAAUUUAAAAAUUCUCGCAACUGUACCAAUCUUUUUAUCUGUAAUAUGGCCAUUGCUGAUCUAAUGACAACAUUGUUUUCUGCUUGGACCUCAUUGCAAGAAAAUUUGUUUCAAAACUAUACUCUAGGACCAGUCUUUUGUAAAAUUGAAACCUCAUCCAAAGUAUUAUUUCUAAUUACAAGUAUAUUCUCAUUAACAUGGAUUUCGUGUGAUCGACUCAUUGGUAUAAUCAGGCCAUUCAGGAAUCCAAUGAAAAGACGCAAAGCUUGGUUUAUAAUGGGCUUCAUUUGGUUCUUAUCUUUCAUCAUUGGAAUUCCCUUUUAUUUUUGGCGUGAAUAUCGUACCCGUGAAUGGUGCGACUACUUUGAGGUUUGGUGUAAAACAGAUGGAAGAAAAAUCGAUGUUUACAUGUUCGUUUUAUUGGCUUUUAUGGUUUACAUUCCGUUAUUUAUAAUGACAUUCUCAUAUUGCUUGGUAAUUGCCAAGAUGAAAAGCUUCGAGACCAAAAUCAGUACAGACGAGAAUAGCAUUAAAAUCAAACAUCGACGUAAAGUCAUCUUAAUGCUAUUCAUCUAUCUAAUUACUUCGGCAAUUUGUUGGAGCCCAUUGCAAGUUGUUGUAUUUUAUCGUUUUAUUGCAUUAAAUUCAUCAGUUGAUUCGGUAAAACCAUGGAAUGAGGAAGCCAAAUUUUGGGCUCAAGUAUUUGCGUCAGCCAAUAGUGCUCUUAAUCCAUUGAUUUAUGGCAUAACCAAUGGAAGCUUUCGUAAAGCCAUUUGCCUACUUUAUCCUAAACUUUCUUGGUUCCUAAGAUUGGAUACAUCAUCGAGAAGACGAGUGACCAAUAAUGGUGAACAAUUGGCCCUACAAACUCGGGCACGCGAAUUGGUCAAAUCAACAUUUACUAUGUCUAAUUAUAAAAAGAAGAAAAAUCAACCUAUCAAGACGAUAAGCGGACAAAAUGUUGAAAUGGCUCAUAUAAAUGGACUGAAAGACUCAAGACGUUGAUUAAUUUAUUGCAGACUUUGAUUUGCUUUCUCUACUGUAUAAUUUGUUAAUCUUAAAUUAACUGGCUAACCCAAAAUGAAACCAUGCAGUUAAAUAAAUUACCUUUACCAAAUGUUUCA